AUGCUCUCUCCCCCCCUCCUCCUGUCAUAUGCUCUCUCCCCCCUACCUCUGUCACAUGCUCUCUCCCCCCCCUCCUCUGUCACAUGCUCUCUCCCCCCUCCUCCUGUCACAUGCUCUCUUCCCCCCCUCCUCCGUCACGUGCUCUCUCUCCCCCUUCUCUGUCACAUGCUCUCUCCCCCCCUCCUCUGUCACAUGCUCUCUCCCCUCCUCUGUGACAUGCUCUCUCCCUUCCUUCUGUCACGUGCUCUGUCCCCUCCUCUGUCACAUGCUCUGUCCCCUCCUCUGUCACAUGCUCUGUCCCCUCCUCUGUCACAUGCUCUGUCCCCUCCUCUGUCACAUGCUCUGUCCCCUCCUCUGUCACAUUCUGUCCCCUCCUCUGUCACAUUCUGUCCCCUCCUCUGUCACAUUCUGUCCCCUCCUCUGUCACAUUCUGUCCCCUCCUCUGUCACAUUCUGUCCCCUCCUCUGUCACAUUCUGUCCCCUCCUCUGUCACAUGCUCUGUCCCCUCCUCUGUCACAUGCUCUGUCCCCUCCUCUGUCACAUGAUCUGUCCCCUCCUCUGUCACAUGCUCUGUCCCCUCCUGCUCUGACCACUCCCGUGCUCUCCCCUCCUGCUCUGUCCCAUCCCGUGCUUUUACCUCCUGAUCUGUCCUUCCCUUGCUCUCCCUCCUGCUCUGUCCCCUCCUUUGUCACAUGCUCUGUCCCCUCCUCUGUCACAUGCUCUGUCCCCUCCUCUGUCACAUGCUCUGCCCCUCCUCUGUCACAUUCUGUCCCCUCCUCUGUCACAUUCUGUCCCCUCCUCUGUCACAUUCUAUCCCCUCCUCUGUCACAUUCUGUCCCCUCCUCUGUCCCAUGCUCUGUCCCCUCCUCUGUCACAUGCUCUGUCCCCUCCUCUGUCACAUGCUCUGUCCCCUCCUGCUCUGACCUCUCCCGUGCUCUCCCCUCCUGCUCUGUCCCAUCCCAUGAGUGGGGGCUGAAAUGGCAUGUUGACCAGAUCACGCAGCGCCCAUUCUCCACGAAAUUGUUUGCGAUCGCCAUGAGCAAGGCGCAGGCAGCAGCCGCAGAGGUGGGGUGGGGAGCAACAACCCGCAGAGGUGGGGUGGGGGGAGUGACGAAGUGGGGAGAGAGGUUGGGGAAUGAGGGGCAGAGGUGGGGUGGAGGAAUGAAGGGCGGAGGUGGGGUGGGGGGGAUGGCUUAUCAGUACAGGCGCAAUGAGGGAAAGUGGUGUGAUGAGAUCGAGAGUGAGACUGUGCUGAUGAUACAGCAGUCGUGUGCUGAAGUCUCACCUCCCCCUGCUGUUUCCCCCUUCCCCCUCCCCCAUUGA